AAACAUCUAGCAUGGAUAGACAUGACUAGACUAGUUACUAUCUGGAGAAUGAGCGUGCAGGAAAUCCACUAGAAUUCAAACAGGCUUCUAUUAUAUAUAUUAUACACUAUAAUUCAAACAGGCUUCUAUUAUAUAUAUUAUACACUAUAAUUCAAAUGAGCCUCUAUUAUAUAUAUUAUACACUAUAAUUCAUAUGAGCCUCUAUUAUAUAUAUUAUACACUAUAAUUCAUAUGGGCCUCUAGCCUCUGUUAUACAUGGUUUCUGUUUCGACAGAUUAAGCUAAAGCUGGUAUUAAUGAAAAUGUUCCAGGCUGCUGGUGAUUCUAGGUUAGUUUUAAAGAGUGUCUCAGACAUUUAACCUUCCAAAAUACACUUUUCUUUAAAUAAUAAUUUAUGAACUUAAGACAGUAUUAAUGUCAAAUAUUUGACUGAUAGGACCGUCCAUAUGUAUGCAUUGAAGAGUGGUUUGUGAAUGCCCAGGGACAGUGAAACAUGCCCUGGCACAGAGAGAUCCUGCCCUGGACAAGCCCAGGGACAGUGAAACAUGCCCUGGCACAGAGAGAUCCUGCCCUGGACAAGCCCAGGGACAGUGAAACAUGCCCUGGCACAGAGAGAUCCUGCCCUGGACAAGCCCAGGGACAGUGAAACAUGCCCUGGCACAGAGAGAUCCUGCCCUGGACAAGCCCAGGGACAGUGAAACAUACAAGCAGGAUUAUCCAGCAGGGCUGCGGGACUUGCCCUUGCGUGUUUGUGUAGGGAACGUGUCUAGGCAUGUAGCAGUGUGUGAGUCACACUGCACUCCCUGCAGAGCAGGCUCCACCCAGCAGGGUGUAUAACCCUGCCAUUGGUUUAGAGAUGUUUAAAGGCUGAGCAGCGCUGACACUGAAUCACUGAGCAGUGCUCUGAUAGACUCCUGAGUCUGACACCACACACAGGGAUAACUGCAAGGAAACGCUGUUAGGAUGGUAAAGUGUGACACCAUGGCUCCUCAGAACGGAAUCCUGACGCCUUCCUUCAACACUCCAGUGUGCCGCUCCCUGUUCGGGCCGGUGGACCGGGAGCAGCUGCGAGUCGAGUUCCAGGAGAGCAUGCGCAAGACCCUGGAGGAGGCGACAUGCAAGUGGAGCUUUGACUUCGUGAACGAGAGCCCCCUGCAGGGGGGAGACUUCCAGUGGGAGGGGGUCCCGGGGAACAAGGUGCCCGUGCUGUACCGCCCCUGCAUGGUGAGGGCUGGCAGGCAGGGGGCGCAGUGCGCAAAGGAGAGGGGGAGCAAAAGGAAGCAGACCAACAUUACAGAUUUCUACCCGUCGAAGAGGAGGCGGGUGCAAUCAGCCCGGAAGUUGGAUCAGUGAAGUUGGAGUGGAGCUCACGGCUCUCACUCUGAGGUCCCACAAGCACUUUGCUCUCACCAUUCCUGCCCUCAAGAACAGCUGGACCCUGCACAUCGCGGGGCUGCGGAAGACUCGCUGUACGAAGCUGCUGCAGUGAAAGAUCUGAUUUAUCAUACAUACCUCCCAAGAGCCUUGUCUCAAAGAUCUUCAUUUAAAAUAGCAAAGGACUGUCUUCUCCCUUCCCUACUCUUCACUGUAAGCUAUGUAAGCCUGGCUGUAGCGAACAUUCCAAUAGAACAGCGGUGGCACUCCAUUGGAAUCAUUCCGAUUCUAUGUGCUGUGUGAGAACCACUAGACCAGAUCCACUCUGGUGAACUCCCCUUAGACCAUAGAGUGGAUAUAUUGCAAACUGGGCACAAGAAUGGCCCAUUCCAAGGUUCUGAUCAUGUCAGAAAUGACUUUUGAACUCAGGAAAUGGGCUGCGGUUUCAGUGACAAUUACAUCCUCGGUCCAAAUUAAAGAAGAAGGCUAGUAAAAAAAAAAAAUUAUUUAACAAAUUGUUGCAUGCAAAACCGAUAUUUUGUCAAGAUACGAUUCAGUAUUUUAAGCAUUAUGCUUUGAGAAGUUAUUAUAUAUAUAUAUAUUUUUAUAUAUAUAUUUUAAUUUUAAUAAUAUAUAUAAUUAUUUUCUAUUGUAUAAUAUAUUGUGUUCUCUGCACAGAAAAGUUUGACCGUUUACUGCAUUAACAUGGGGCUUCCUGUACACACACACACGCACGCACGCACACACACACGCACACACGAGCACACACGCAUGCACACCCAGACACCCACGCACACACACACACACACACAUAUUAGUAGCAUAUGAAUAUUAAGUAGAGGGUAAUAUUGUAGACAGCCUCCUCGUGUUAAAGUGCUCUGUAGAUAAUGUAGCUUGUGUUUAUCUGGUUGAAGAAAUCUUUGCAUUGUUAAAACUAUUUGGGACGGUUUGGAAGUUCACUUCAACCAUUAGGUAUCUAGUUCAGGUCAGAGUUGGGAUUGAUGGUAUAAUGUUAGGGUCAGGGGUACUGGGUUAGCAGUAUGGUUAUACAAAGCUAAUUUGUAGCAUAGUCACUAAACUGAAGCUCUACAAAGGGGCUUUGUAAAUGAGAGGUGUCCGUACUGAUUUAAUAAGCAGGUUUAACAUGAGCUCUUACGUACAGCUUGAAGAGAAUGAUAGGUUCCCUUCACUUCUUCAUAGGAAAAGGUUUAGCCCUGUUUAAAUGAUCCACAGAAAACAGAAGUUAACCAUCUCUUAGUAUUUCUGUUUUUUUUAAUACAGGCCCUUGUUUUAAAUACAGCAACUUUGAAGUGUGGCAGAAAAAAAGCAAGCAGGUUCUGUGUUAAUUCAGAAAGGUUUUGCUUUCCUAUACCCCUGCUUAUUCAGACACAGUAACGUUUCUUGACAACUCUUGUUUCACAAGCCACUGUUACAUUUCUGUAAAUAAUAAAUUAUGGUGUAUAAAAAAUUCCGUUGAGACCUUUACUUAAGUUAAUAAAAUAAUUAUUUAUUGUAAAACAUAAUAUUGUUUUUUGUUACGUUUCUGAAAAAUAAAUCAAUUCUUCUUUAA